CGCGCAAUGCGGAUGUGACGUAGGACUUAGUGCUACAGCCGCCGCUGUAUUGACGUUAACAUUUUGGUCGUUCUUCGCUUCAUCGGUGGUUCGAAUUAAGAUCGAAGAAUAACUCGGACCCCGUCAUGACUGCGUGACCUCAGCCGCUGUUUGCAUUUUGGCGCCCCGCUAUGUCUCACCGCCAGUACCAGCGAAGGCCUAUGCCUGACACUGACUUCCGACCCAGUCCGGGUCCCGACGGCCUCUCUGAGCGCCACCGCCGCUCCUCGCCGGAUCGUCGCGGCUACUAUGGGUCUGGAAGUUCGACAUCAGCGCCUGCCUUGCCGCUCAGCUCGAUGGACAGCGCCCUCAGCGUCCUGAGCAGCUGCGGUCUGGAGCCCGCCGACCUUGCGCUCCUCGCCGAGAUCCCUGAGGACAAACUCACCGUGGAGUCACUGCCGCACAUUGUCCGUCAGAUUAAAUCCAACAGAGAAGCACCCCAUCCUCCCCCUGUCUCCUCCUUUGACCUUCCCAGCUUGCCCUGGCAUCAGUAUAGCGCUCGGGUGGUCGAGUACCCCCUGGACCACAUCAAGCCGACAGGCCUUCCUGCAGAGCCGCUUCACGAGUGGCGAGAUUGCUGGCAGAAUCCGAGAAGCGAGCCGACGCCCUCCCAGAACCAAAGGCCGGCCAGGAGCGAGCCUCCCAGAUACUUUGCGGAAGCCGGGCCUGGCACAGCAGCAGCAGCAGCGACCCUUCCCUCCCUCUUCUCCCUGGCCCACCGGCCUAGCCCAGCUGACAGGUCUGUGGCACCUCCGGACGAGAGGCGGUGGGAAACCGGGACGGAACGAGGUCACCCUGACGCCUCUGCCAGCCAGCCUCCCGGUGCUGCGGCACCGUCCAAACAGGAAGUGCAGGAUUUCUACAGCGUGGAGCCUCAGACGUACCCCACCUCGUGUUCUCUGUGUAAUGCCUGUGUAAUCUCGUUGGAGGACUGGAGGAAACACAUCAACAGCAGUCGGCAUGCCGACGGUCAACUCGGCCUGCUGCACCGCUUUCCCACGUGGGAUUGCCGCAAGGAGACGCCCAAUAGAGAUGAGCGACAGUCCCAGGUGGGGCUGGGGGCGAGGCGGAGGAAAGACCCAGAGACUUUCUGGGCCGCCAAUGACGACGGCAGCAGGUCGCAAGCUGGAAAGAGCCCAGAGAAGAAGCCCGUCGCGGAAUCCAAAUGGGCCGAGCAGGCUCGGGAGCCGAUCCACAAGCGGCGUCCUCCGUACGUGGACGAGCAGCGGGUAGACUUCAGCUUCUCCAAUGUCUUCAACAUUGUGAAGAGCUCCUGCGUGGUCAGCUUCACACCGCCUCCGCAAUCAAACCAGGACUGGUCGGACCUCCUCAGAGUUGUCAGACGCUUCGGCCCGAUCGUGUACACGCUCUUCGGCCGGUCCAGGGCAUGCGUGGAAAUGAAGAAUCUGGAAGACGCUGAAAAGUUGGUCAAUUAUUAUUCCGCCAAACAUCUGAGGAUCAAAGACAACGUCCUCCGGGUCACAUUUGCCGUAGAAACCUCCAGUCUCAGAACAAGCGCCUUCGCUCACCGCUACCAGGAAGAAUCAACUGAGAGGAGCAGAGACGAAGGCCACACACUCGAUGAGUCCAAGAAGAGCAGGGCGGACCACACGGCCAGGUCCAGAAAGGCCAGGGAGACAGACAGGAGGACCGGGUCCAGGUCCAAGUCACGAGACAGAAAGGCCAGGUCAACUUCCCGUGAAAGGAAGACGGGCUCAAAGGACCGCUUCAAGUUCAGAGACAGGAAGAUCAGGUCCAGAUCCAGAGACAGGAAGGCAAGGUCCAAGUCCGGCAGUGACAAAAUGCCAGAAGCACGGAAGCCCGAGAUGAGCGCAUCCAGCGGCGCCUCGGCGUCACGAAAAGUCUCCGAAGCCGACGCCGUUGACCAAGUCCUGAGCAACAUGGACGCCACCUCCGUGGAAGAUGACAGCGACAUCGAGGGAAUGGCGGUCGUCGGCGAGGACCUGGAGGACGACCAUUUGGGGGAAGGCCACGAAAAGGGGGAGGAUUGCAAGGCCCACGGCGCCAGCACGACGGAGGACACCCCGGAUGAGGAAGUGGACUUGGAGGAUUACAUCAUGCUGGAUGAAGUUGGACAGGAGCAGAGCAGUAAAGUUGACGAGCCGUCCCGUGACUGCGCCGCAGGGAGAGGCGGCCACGGCCCGAACGUGUCUCGGGUGGUGUACUUCAAAGACCUUCCGCUGUCCUACUGCAACGCCGCCGACUUUGUCAAGCUGGCCAAAGGCCUCGGGAGGCCCGUGUGCUACUAUUUUCUGCGUGGCCUACGAAAGGGUUUCCUCGAGCUGUCGUGCAGCUCAGAGGCCGUAAGAGUGGUCAAGGAACUCAACGUUUACUUCAAGGACACUCCAACCGUCGCCCUGAUCUCCAACAAAUAUCGACACCUCCGAAAUGGGACGCCGGUAAACUGGGACCAGCACGAGACAGGCGAGCGGACGGGAGCGAGCGAUCGACGUGAUAAAAGCAAGAGCCGAGACAAAGAAGAAAGAAACGCUUCGUCCGCAUCAGACCAGGAGAAGGAAAAACCAGCUCGGGAGAAAGAUUUAACCACAAAGACCCCAGAUAAGGACUCCACAUCCAGCAGCUCUUCAGACAUUUUGUCCUCGUCCAAGUCUGGGAAUUCCAAGGACGUCCAAUCACGAUCCGGAGAGACGGAGAUCAAGGCAGAGUCUGAGAAGACGGAAGAAAGUCAACCAGAGGGCAUCGUGUCAGAAACUCUUGAAGAUAAAGCCAACGCGAGCGAUGCCCCAACAAGCGACAGCAAGACGACAAAGAACAUAUCAGGCGGUAAAAAAACAUUUGGGAAUAAACCAAACAGUGAGAACACUCACAAUGUUCAAACAAAAGACACAAAGACUCCACAGAAUAAAUCAGGAAGCGAGAACCAUUCGGACAGCGAGAAGACGCUUGAGAAUAAACCAGAAACCUCUUCAGAAGGCCACGAAAAGGGGGAGGAUCGCAAGGCCCACGGCGCCAACAAAACGGAGGACACGUCGGAUGAGGAAGUGGACUUGGAGGAUUACAUCAUGCUGGAUGAAGUUGGACAGGAGCAGAGCAGUAAAGCUGUCGAGCCGUCCCGUGAAUGCGCCGCAGGGGAAGGCGGCCACGGCCCGAACGUGUCUCGGGUGGUGUACUUCAAAGACCUUCCGCUGUCCUACUGCAACGCCGCCGACUUUGUCAAGCUGGCCAAAGGCCUCGGGAGGCCCGUGUGCUACUAUCUUCUGCGUGGCCUACGAAAGGGUUUCCUCGAGCUGUCGUGCAGCGCAGAGGCCAUAAGAGUGGUCAAUGAACUCAACGUUUACUUCAAGGACACUCCAACCGUCGUCCUGAUCUCCAACAAAUAUCGACGCCUCCGAAAUGGCACGGUGGUACACUGGGACCAGGGCGAGACAGGUGAGCGGACGGGAGCCAGCGAUCGACGUGAUAAAAGCAAGAGCCGAGACAAAGAAGAAAGAAACGCUUCGUCCCCAUCAGACCAGGAGAAGGAAAAACCGGCUCGGGAGAAAGAUUUAACCACAAAGACCCCAGAUAAGGAAUCCACAUCCAGAAGCUCUUCAGACAUUCUGUCCUCGUCCAAGUCUGGGAAUUCUAAGGACGUCCAAUCACGAUCCGGAGAGACUGAGAUCAAGGCAGAGUCUGAGAAGAUGGAAGAAAGUCAGCCAGAGGACAUCGUGUCAGAAACUCUUGAAGAUAAAGCCAACGCGAGCGAUGCCCAAACAAGCGACAGCAAGACGACAAAGAACAUAGCAGACGGUAAGAAAACAUGCGAGGAUGAACCAGACAGUGAGAACACUCACAAUGUUCAAACAAAGGUCGUUGAGGAUAAACCCAAAAAAGGCAAGUCCAGCAGUGCCCAGUCAAACGACGGCAAGACGACAAAGAACAUAUUAGAAGGUAAGAAAACAUCUGAGAAUAAACUAGACAGCAAGAACACCGACGAUGUCCAAACAAUCGCCACAAAGACUCCACAGAACAGAUCAGAAGGGGAAAACAGCCACAAUGUCGAGUCCAGAGAGAACAAAUCGGACAGUGAGAAGAAUCAACCAGAGAAUGCUUCAGAAGGUGCGAACACUCACAAGGAACCACCAAAAGAUGGGAAGGCUCUACAGAAUUUGGAAGGUGGGAAGAGAUUGAAGAACCAGCCAGACAAUGAGAUGACAUUAUCAGAAGAGGGAAAGAUUGCAGAGGUUGGAAGCAGCAAGACUCUGGAGAUUGAAUCAGAAGGUGGAAACCCUUUGGGAAAUGGGCCAAAGACCAGGAAACGAGCAAUAGAGAAGAGCCAGUCGGAAAAAAUCAAGAGAAGGUGCCUUUCCACAAAGACUUGUGAAGAAGGCCAGGUGGAGUCUGGAAAGGCAGUUGGGACCACGCAAAAAUGUGGAGAGAAUCCAGAGAGGGCAAGCGUCUCUUCAAAGGGGUCAGAUCAAGUGUCCGGCAAAGGAACCAACUCCCCGCAGGAAAACCCAAGUCGUGAAGAGGACUUGGGCGGGACAGUUAAGAGAAGAGCGUCUCCCGAUGACACUUCUGUGGCUGGAAAGAUCCGAAAGGAAGAGCAGAGUAGUGAAACGUCUGAUGAGAAUCAGAAGAAUCAGGAAGCUGAGGGAAAUUCAGGGACUCCCACCGCACCCCACCGCCCCAUCGGAAUCCAGUUCGUGCGUCCCGUCGUUGGCUACUUCUGCAACUUGUGUCAGAUGAUCUACGCUGACGAGGAUGAAGCCAAGGUGCAGCACUGCAGUAGUAGUCAGCACCACUUCAAGUAUUGGGAGAAGAUGAAAACGGCAAGCUGAGGGAAUGCUCUUCUACACACGGUCAACUUUUCAUUUGUCACAUUUUUACUUUACAAUAAAGUUACUACAUGACUUGAA